AAAUUGCUGGCAUUGUGCCAAACUUUUAAGCUAAUAUUCAUUGUCUCUUUGAUCGCAGGUUGACAGCAAACCUCUCCGAUGGUCGUCAAAACCGAGCCUACGAGGAGAUUACCCAAACCCUGGGAGCCUUAUUUCGAGAUUACGACAAAAAUGUUGCCCCGCAAAUGCACUACUUGCAGCCGGUCAUGGUCUCAUUGAAAGUAACCGUGGAUCACGUUUAUUCCUUUGAUCCGGCUGAGCAAUCAUUACAUUCUUUGUUAACAUUGGAAACGAGCUGGUCGGAUCGACGUCUCGCUUGGUAUCCCACCAAACAGCGAAGCUUUCGCCUCAAUAAUAUAUCAGUAUGGGAACCAAGUGUCUACUUCGUAAAUGCUUUAUCGGCAGUGGACUCCGCCGCUGAACCAGCCAUCAGACUGGAAUACAACGGCAACUUGAACAAGUAUCAGAAAAUAUCAUUGAAGACAUACUGUCCGACUGAAAAAGACCAGUACAGUUUCUCCUGUCCGUUCAUGCUGAAAACAUAUCCUUUGCCAAGCACACAAGAACGGCUGAGAGUAACAGAUUUUGAAGUCAAUGACAAUUUUCAAAGCCACCAGUGGAAUGCCGAGGUCAAUACCAACAAGACACAGAUUUAUAAUCAAGAUCCUGUUGUACUUGUUAUCGAUCUCGAACUGAAAUAAAAAUGAUUUGUGUUUAAGUUUAAAAUAUAAUAUAAUUCA